AUGAGUUCAAGCGGCUCCGAUGACGAUAUGCCCCUUGCCCGUUUCAAAGGGCGCGGGGUGAAAUCGAAGGCGUCCAACGAUGCCAUGACAGUGGACAGCCCGCUCACCAAUGGAGCCGCGAAGCGAAAAUCGCGGACGUCCAUCACAAAAAUCAACUACAAGGAUAAUUCAGAGGACAGCGAUGACGGCCAGCCUUUGAAGGCCACUCCCGCGACGAAGAAGACACCUGCUAAGAAGGCUAUUAAGGACGAGUCGGACAGUGACGAUGACAAGCCUCUUGCGAAGCCGGCCGCGAAGCGCAAGUCGGUGGGCUCCGCUUCCGCAAAGAAGACGAAUGACGUCAAGAAACAGGAUUCGGACUCAGACGUCCCUCUGAAGAAGCCCAAGAAUACCGCUGCUGCCAAGGCUAAAUCGGCUGCCAAGGCUGCGCCUGUGAAGAAGGGCGCCAAAGCGGUCAAGGCUGAACCCAAGGACCAGAGCGAGGCGCCGGAGGAUGGUGAAGAGGAGUACGAGUGGUGGAAUGCGCCGAAGAAGGAGGACGACAGCGUCAAGUGGAACACUCUUGAGCACAAUGGUCUGUACUAUGACGGGAAGCCUGUCAAUCUCCACAUCGAGGCGGAAGAGAUUGCCUGGUUUUUCGGAUCCAUGCUUCAUUCGACGCAUAACGUCGAGAACCCUGUCUUCCAGAAGAAUUUCUUCACCGACUUCAAGGAGACGGUCAAGCAGACGGGCGGUGCCACGGACAAGCAGGGCAAUAAAGUUGACAUCAAAGAUUUCUCGAAGCUCGACUUCACCAAGAUCCACGAAUACUGGCAGACCACCAACGAGGCCAAGAAGGCCCGAUCGGCGGCCGAAAAGAAGGCAGAAAAGGCAGACCGGGAAAAGAUGGAGGCUCCUUUCAUGCACUGCAAGUGGGAUGGCCGCAAAGAAAAAGUGGGCAACUUCCGUGUCGAACCUCCAAGCCUAUUCCGCGGCCGUGGCGAGCACCCCAAGACUGGCAAGGUCAAGCGUCGCGUCUACCCGGAGCAAAUCACCAUCAACAUUGGCAAGGGCGCAGAGGUCCCCAAACCGCCCGCCGGUCAUAAAUGGAAGGCUGUUCAGCACGACAACAAGGCAACAUGGCUUGCCAUGUGGCAGGAAAACAUCAACGGCGCCUACAAAUACGUCAUGCUGGCGGCGAACAGUGCUAUCAAGGGCCAGAGUGAUUUCAAGAAGUUCGAAAAGGCGCGUGAACUGAAGAAGCACAUUGACAGGAUCCGCAAGGACUACACGCGAGAUCUUAAGAGUGAAGUCAUGGCCGACCGGCAACGCGCCACCGCCGUCUAUCUCAUCGACAAGCUCGCCCUCAGGGCCGGUAACGAGAAGGAUGCCGAAAAUGAGGCCGAAACGGUGGGUUGCUGCUCUCUCAAGUACGAGCAUGUCACCCUCAGGGAACCCGACACUGUCAUUUUCGACUUCCUUGGUAAAGACAGUAUCCGCUUCUACGACGAGGUCAAGACUACCGGCGAUGAUAUUUUUGAUCGCCUGACGACCACGCAGUUGAACAAACAUCUCUCGGGUUACAUGCCCGGUCUGACGGCGAAGGUCUUCCGUACCUACAACGCUUCCAUCACCAUGGCUAGGCUGCUGAAGGAGCUCAAGGUCGACAGCCGCCCCAUCGCGGAGAAGGUCAAACUGUACAACGACUGUAACCGUCAAGUCGCCAUCCUCUGUAACCACAAGCGUACCGUCGGUGCAAGCCACGAGCAGCAGAUGGAGAAGCUGGGGGAUAAGAUCAAGGGCUACCAAUACAAGAAGUGGCGAGCCAAGCAGAUGAUUCUCGAUGUCGAUCCCAAGCAGAAGAAGAAGAAGGGUGCUGAUUGGUUUGCGCUCGAGCCCGAACUGUCCGAGGCGUGGAUCAUUGAGCACCAAGAGCAGCUCGUCGAAAAGGAGCGCGAGACUAUAACGAAGAAGUUCCAAAAGGAAAAUGAGAAGCGCGUCGCCGAAGGAGAGAAGCCGCACCCUGACAAGGAAUUGAAGGAGCGUUUGAAGGCGGUGGCCGAGCUCCAGUCCAAGUUCAAGAAGGAAAAUAAGUCCAAGAAGGUUGCCGCCGAGGGCCGUGGCGCAACAGUGGAGAAGCUCGAACAGCAGAUCGCCAAGCAUGACACGCAGAUUAACAAUCUGAAGCUCCAGGCCGAGGACCGCGAGGGCAACAAAGAAGUUGCCCUGGGUACGAGUAAAAUUAAUUACAUUGAUCCCCGCCUAACCGUCGUCUUUGCUCGCAAGUUUGACGUCCCUAUCGAGAAGUUCUUCUCCAAGACUCUAAGGGAGAAGUUCAACUGGGCUAUCAAGUCCGUCGAGGAUGAGGAUUGGGAGUUUUAA